GGAGAUGGGAGGGUGGAAUUGCAACGAGAAGGAGCUUGAAAGUUGUGUGGCCCAUUUGUACCCCAAGAGAAGCAGGAGGAAGGUGUCUGUACAGAACUCACUUUCUGCAUGUAGGUCUUUGGGGUCCCGGCUGGAGGUCCCAGAAACCUCCAGAUUAGCCUUGCACAAACUUGCAUAAAUUUAUUUAUCUCCCUUUCUUCAAUCUUGGUUUCUUCAAAGACGGAAACGUAUAAAGUGGGGAAGGAGGCGAUUUGAGAAGGUGUUAAGGGGUUUGAGUUAUUUAUAUGUUACAAACAGUUUUUCGUUCUUUUUUCUUUUUCUGGAAGGGUUAGUUUCAGUUAGCAAGAGAAAAGAUCAAAGUAGGAUGCGACUCAGAAACACAAUGGGCGUCUUCCGGAGUAGUUGCAUGCUGCAUGGGGUUGUUGGGGUAGCUGCCCUGGGCGGACCUUAGUGGAAGUUCCGAGCUCCAGCCUGAGGUUUUCAGGAUUUGUCUUGAUGAGAAACAGAUAAAUCAAUGCUGGGCAUUUGUAAUCAGGGCUUCAAACUGAGCAGGAGAAGUGUUAAAAAAAAAAAAAAAGCCAAAUUCCCACCAAGCCCCCUAACUUUAUGUCGGCCCAGAUCAACAUGCUUUUGCUCUAAACCAGAGAGACAACAUGCUUUAUUCUGGGAGACCAGAGGCUUGUGUGUGCUUGGAUAAAACAUUUCCUCUGCUCUGAUAAAAAUGUGUAUUGGUUGAUUAAGCAAUCUCCUAUCCCUAUUAGACAGUAAGGACCAAUUAGUCACGCAUUUUUUUCCAACAGUUGGUAGCUCGAAAAAAGUGAAAUAAAGGUUUCCUAAUCCGAUCACCCACUGAGCACAAGCAGCCAGAGUUACCGACUUUUCAAAGUCUAUUGUGUGUCCUUUAAAUACCUAGCUGGCUCUGCAGAAAUGAAGUAAAUGGAUUUCUCUUAAGGAGCGGAGACAGCAUCCCUGCUGUAAAAGGGCAGAUAGGAAAAAAAAAAUGCAAACUUGUAAUUUGUCACAAAAGAUAAACGCACUUCCCAAAGGAGUAGGUGCCGGGUUUUCCAAAAACACUUCAAGAGACAAGGAAAUAAACUCGCUUGUUCACAGAGUUGGAGUUUUGCUAAUGAUUUCUUGUAAAAUUAGACUUUUAUGACUUAACCCUGUUCAAGAUCUUUUUGACAAGCUUGUAAAAGUAGCAAAUGGCUUGUGCUAGUGAGUUCUGAUGAUUUUGGGUCUCUGGCCAGAAACCUGAGAACCAAAAUCUUAGGCUUCAUAGAAGGUAUCAGAGUCUUCCCCAUGUUUUGAGUGUAGACAUUGUAAAGGGUGACUGCUCUGACUUGUUGAAAGGGUUUGCAGUUAUUAAGGUCCUUGGAAGUUAACCAUUAUGGCUAGGGAAACUGCCUUAUACCACAAAUAUGUGUUUUACAGUUGUGUGCUAAAUGAUUUUAUACCUGUAAUUCUGGAUAUACCCCUCUCCCCCCUUUUCUUUACAGGAGUGUGGAGCUUUAGCGAACUGUUUUUCAUGAAAGAACCCCAGGAUGUAACUGUCACAAGGAAAGACUCCGUCUCUCUAGAUUGCCAGGCUCACGGAGAAGGUCCCAUUAAGGUCACGUGGAUGAAAAAUGGAGCGAAAUUGUCUGAAAAUAAACGGAUCCAGGUUCUAUCUAACGGCUCUUUAUACAUCAGUGAGGUGGAGGGCAGGCGAGGAGAGCAGUCAGAUGAAGGAUUUUAUCAAUGCUUGGCAGUGAACAAAUACGGGGCCAUUCUCAGUCAGAAAGCUCAUCUGACAUUGUCAACUAUUUCUGCAUUUGAAGUCCAUCCAGUUUCUACUGAAGUCCACGAAGGGGGAGUGGCCAGAUUUUCUUGCAAGAUUUCAUCAAACCCCCCUGCAGUCAUCACAUGGGAGUUUAAUAGGACAAGCCUGCCUAUAACCAUGGACAGGGUGACUGCCCUGCCCUCAGGAGUGCUACAGAUCUAUGAUGCUGGCCCGGAGGAUGCUGGGAAUUAUCGCUGUGUUGCAUCGACUAUAGCUCAUAAGCGGAAAAGCAUGGAGGCCUCCUUAACCAUCAUUCCAGCUAAUGAGUCAAGACCUUUCUACAUGCCGACCAUUGUAGCGGGUCCACAGAAUGUAACCGUGUCACUGCAUCAGACAGCUGUGCUAGAGUGUAUGGCCACAGGCUAUCCCAAACCUAUCAUUUCCUGGAGCCGGCUUGAUCACAAGUCCAUUGAUGUCUUCAAUACUCGGGUACUUGGAAAUGGCAAUCUCAUGAUAUCAGAUGUCAGGCUGCAGCAUACUGGAGUGUAUGUUUGUCGGGCCACCACCCCUGGCACUCGGAACUUCACAGUUGCUAUGGCAACUUUAACUGUGUUAGCUCCUCCUUCAUUUGUCGAAUGGCCUGAAAGUUUAACAAGACCACGAGCUGGCACUGCACGGUUUGUGUGUCAGGCAGAGGGAACUCCCUCACCCAAAAUGUCAUGGUUGAAAAAUGGAAGAAGGAUACAUUCAAAUGGCAGGAUUAAAAUGUACAACAGCAAAUUGGUGAUUAACCAGAUUAUCCCGGAAGAUGAUGCUUUUUAUCAAUGCAUGGCCGAAAACAGCCAAGGGUCUGCUCUGUCUCGAGCCAGACUGACCGUGGUCAUGUCGGAGGAUAGACCCAGCGCUCCCUACAAUGUUCAUGCUGAAACUAUGUCAAGCUCCGCCAUUCUCCUAGCUUGGGAAAGGCCGCUGUACAACUCUGACAAGGUCAUCGCCUACUCUGUGCACUACAUGAAAGCGGAAGGUUUAAAUAAUGAGGAGUACCAGGUGGUCCUUGGAAAUGACACAACUCAUUACAUCAUCGAUGACUUAGAGCCUGCCAGCAGCUACACUUUCUACAUCGUGGCAUACAUGCCAAUGGGAGCUAGCCAGAUGUCGGACCAUGUGACACAGAACACUCUAGAAGAUGUGCCCCUAAGACCGCCUGAAAUUAGUUUGACGAGCCGAAGUCCCACAGACAUUCUCGUCUCCUGGCUGCCCAUCCCGGCCAAGUAUCGGCGUGGCCAAGUGGUACUGUAUCGGCUGUCCUUCCGCCUGAGCACUGAGAAUUCCAUCCAAGUUGUGGAACUCCCGGGGACUGUGCAUGAGCAUCUCCUGGAAGGCCUGAGGCCUGACAGUGUCUAUCUGGUCCGGAUUACUGCUGGCACCCGUGUGGGACUGGGAGAGUCAUCGGUGUGGACCUCACACAGGACACCCAAAGCCACAAGUGUGAAAGCCCCUAAGUCCCCUGAACUUCAUUUGGAACCCCUGAAUUGUACUACCAUCUCCGUGAGGUGGCUGCAAGACACCGAGGACCCAGCCACCAUUCAGGGCUACAAGCUGUUUUAUAAAGAGGAAGGGCAGCAGGAGAACGGACCUAUUUUCCUAGACACUGGUGACCUGCUGUAUACACUCAGCGGCUUGGAUCCCAGAAGAAAAUACCACGUGAGGCUGCUGGCUUACAACAACAUGGAAGAUGGCUACCAGGCUGACCAAACUGUCAGUACUCCCGGAUGUGUGUCUGUUCGUGAUCGCAUGGUCCCUCCACCACCACCACCCCACCAUCUCUAUGCGAAGGCUAACACCUCCUCUUCCAUCUUCCUGCACUGGAGGAGGCCUGCAUUCACCACGGCCCAAGUCAUUAACUACACCAUCCGCUGUAACCCUGUUGGCCUGCAGAACGCCUCUCUGGUUCUCUACCUGCAAACAUCAGAAACCCACAUGUUGGUUCAAGGACUGGAACCAAACACCAAGUAUGAAUUUGCUGUCCGGCUGCAUGUGGAUCAGCUCUCCAGUCCCUGGAGCCCUGUGGUCUACCAUUCCACACUGCCAGAAGCACCCACAGGCCCCCCAGUGGGGGUAAAGGUGACACUGAUAGAGGAUGACACUGCCCUUGUUACCUGGAAACCCCCCGAUGGCCCAGAGACGGUUGUGACACGCUACACCAUCUUGUAUGCUUCCAGGAAGGCCUGGAUUGCGGGCGAGUGGCAGGUCCUACACCGAGAAGGGGCAAUAACCAUGGCUCUACUGGAAAACCUGGUGGCAGGGAACGUGUACAUUGUCAAGAUAUCUGCAUCCAACGAGGUGGGAGAAGGGCCCUUUUCGAAUUCCGUGGAGCUGGUUGUCCUCCCCAAGGACACUUCAGAAUCGAACCAGAGGCCCAAGCGAUUGGAUUCUUCUGAUGCGAAAGUUUACUCAGGGUAUUACCACCUGGACCAGAAGUCCAUGACGGGUAUUGCGGUAGGCGUUGGUAUAGCCUUGACCUGCAUCCUCAUCUGUGUUCUCAUCUUGAUAUACCGAAGCAAAGCCAGGAAAUCAUCUGCCUCCAAGACAGCACAGAAUGGAACCCAGCUGUUAUCUCGAGCCAGUGCCUCUGUAGCUUCGGGGAGUGAAAUGGGGAAGAACCUGGAGAGAGCUACAGAGAAUGAAGAGUCCUUGGUACCCAUGGUGCCGAGCAGCUUCAUUGAUGCGAAGGGAGGGACUGACCUGAUCAUCAAUAGCUAUGGUCCUAUCAUUAAAAACAACACUAAGAAAAAGUGGCUUUUCUUCCAAGACACUAAAAAGAUGAAAACUGAACAGACGCCAAGAAGGUUUACCACCCAGGCCGUCAGUUUUUACCAGCCAGGCACCACCGUGUUGAUCAGCGAUGAAGACUCCCCCAGCUCUCCGGGCCAGACCACCAGCUUCCCAAGACCCUUCGGGGCUGCCCUCGACUCUGAGCAUUCGGCGAACAGUGAAGGCAGCCACGAGACAGGGGAUUCUGGGAGGUUCUCCCACGAGUCCAAUGAUGAGAUACACCUGUCCUCAGUCAUCAGCAGCACACCCCGCAUCUCGGAUUCCCUGACUGGUGGAGAUCCUGAUGGGACUGCUACACUGGAGAAGCACCAGGACCCUGCAGAGCCCUUUGUGGCUGAGCAGACCUCCUCCUCCCCCUCCUCCCCCUCCUCCUCCUCCUCGACCUCAGCCGCUCAGUCUGCAGGGCUGCGCUUUGCUGCCGACGGGUUUCCCAUCUAGCAGCCGUCCGUCCGUGCUCAGGGAUUUACAACGGAGCGUAUCUGUUCGAAGGACAAUGAACAGGGAGCCAAAGCCUUUUGUGAAAAUCUUGAUGUCUUACUGUUUUUUUGGUUUUUUUUUUUUUUCAUCAUCUUUUAAAAAAUUUUUUUUUUAUUAUUUUUUAAGCGCACGAAUUUUGAAUGUUUCAAUUGUCAACAAUGUGAAAAAGGGCAGUCAGGAUGCUUGACUGGUUCUAAGAUAUAUCACUGGAGCGGAGGGAAGACUGCCCGAGCCCUCUGCUGAAUAGCUACCUCAGUUUGCUGUUGGCGGACUCUGAAGAAGUGUGCUGCCUCCUUCCGUGCUGGUUUCUCUCUGCGGCAUAGCCAGCGGGACUUCUAGUGACGCCGUGUGUCCAUUGUGUGUGUGAUGUGUGUAACUGAGGAGUCCGAUGGGUAGAUGAGGAAGAAUGUGUUGAUCUGAAGCUCUGUUUUUUUUUUUUUUUUUUUUAAGAACUGUGACAUCUGCAUAAUUUGUAUAAUGUUAAGACCUCUGGCUGUGAGGAGAAAAUAUGGGACUAUAUUUAUUUGAAUGGAUGAAACAAAUAUGUCUCUUUGGAGAAGAAAAGCAUUCCAUAGCAUGUAGGGGAGCGUAUCCUUGCAAGGCUGUUGGGAUUGGAGCACCAGGGCAGGAGUCCUUUGCUCUAGCCUGCACCAGCCUGCCUUCAGCCUGAAAAAACCACCUUCUGCUUUGCCCCAUAGUCAGUCAAGGGCUGCGCUUUCAGGACAUCUCUAGAGUUUCCUAGCUAGAUGCAAAACACAAUGUAGAAAAGUGGAUUUUUUUUUUUUUUGAAUGGUUCAGAUUUUCUCUUUUAAAAUCCCAGUUGGGCUUCAAAUGGGUCGAAGACAUGUCAUGAAGUAUUAAGAAUGAAGAUAAAGCAGUAGAAAAGAUGAACUUGAGGUUUUUGUAAUAGCAGUGCCUUCCAGUAUAUUGAAAAUUUUUGCCUUAUACCUUUUUAAUAUUCAUGAAGAUGUUUAGGAAAAAGGGUACCAAAAAUUUGCCUUAACAAAGCUUGGAUCUUACUGAUAGCUCUUGCUAUCUGGCACCUUGUUGGCGUUGAAGCGCAGGUUUGCCUUGGGGAUGUUGUGCCCCCCCACCCCAGUGGCCGAGCUUACUGUCCCACUAACUCCAGGAGUGAGUUCAUCUUCUGCCGGGUUUGAAAUCAGCAAGCUAUUUACUCAGCCCCUUAGAGCUGUCAAUUAUGAGGCAACAACCUCGGUGCUGAGCCACAUGGGAGGGACAAAAAAAAAUGAGACUCAUGAAAGAGAGGCAUGUCCUUAGCCUUUAAAAAUCAUUGGUUUUGCCCUCCCUCAGUUUUUUGGAAAUGGUAUUUUAAAAGAUAGGCCCUCUGUGGGAUUUUCCCUUGAACCCCUCCCUCCACAGAUGAAACAGGUCCUGCCAAAUGGUGUCCUAAAGUCAAGGGAACUCUGCUGGAUAAUCAUCCCGGUGCCAUCUAUCUUGAUGACCCUACCACACGGUUUUUUCAUUGUGAUUCUAGAACUCUGUGCUUAGAACCCGACCCACCGGCUGUGCCAGCCACCACUUCUGAGCACAGUUCUGUCCCUGCCAUUGUGGGUUUUGUGGCAAAAUGCUUGGGGGGGGGUAAAAAAAAAAAAGAAAAAAAGCAGAGCUUUAGGUGAACAAUGGGAGGCAAGAAAAAUGGCUUCCCCUGCCUUGGUGCUCCUGUUUAUACUACCUCUUUUUAAAGUUAUUCUAGUGUUAUUGUUCUUUCCUGUACUCAGGGAAUUGUGUUUUGUUUUGUCUUAUUGUUUUGUUUCUUUUGAGCUCAUGACGCAUGGGCAGGUGCAUUGACAGGGUAUGGUGUCGUUUGGUUCGUUGUAGAAGCUUGUGGGCCGACUUCUGUCAGUUAUCUACAAGGAAGAGCUACAAUGGGAUCAGUUGUUUUCAGUCUUCAAAAGCAAACAGAACGUAAAGGUGAAACUUCAGGCUUAGGGCCACACACAUCGAACCGUGUCCUCUGCCUGGGUCAUCUGAAAGGGUCUGAGGGGACAGACCCUUGCAGAAGAAAGUGCUCUGUUUAUUGAUGAAUAGGCCCUUAGUUAAAAUAGACCUUUAGCUUAUAACUAUUUGCUAGUUCCUUUUUUUAACCUUUUCAUUCUAUUCUUAUGCAGACUUUUCUAUCAUAAUUCUGUUACCAAAGAAUUUCCAGUAGAAAAUGAAAUUUCUAUUAUAAUUACCCUAAAUUGAAGUCACUAGAAACAGCUAUAAAUAGAUUCAAUUACAAGUAAUUUCUAACCCUAAACUGUAGGAUGUAUAGUUACAGUUAAUUAGAGUAGUGACGUUAACUACCUUACUGUCACCAGAGUGUUUAAGUUGUAAUUUCCUUGCCAGCAGAUGGUUAUAAAGUAUUUCAACUGUAGGGUUUUUUCUUUUUCCUUCAGCAAGUAAAGAAAUCUUUAACUCUAUAGUAUGAACGUAUUUUCAAAUUUUUGAAAUUGCUUGUUGGAGAGGAAAAAAUCACUAAAAAUAUGUAUUUUAAUCUCAUAGAAUAAGGUAUUUAAUGUUCAACAGAGGCUUUUGGCUUGAUGAAUCUGAGCUUCUUUGAAGUCUGAAGUACAAAAUUCUAACUAAAAUGUGAAGGUUAUCACUUCUUCCUCAUGGUGUCAUUACUUCAUCAUAUUUCAGUCCAAAUAAGCUGAUAUGCAAAUUGGAAACUGUUUCAUUUUCCAAAGAAAGAAAUAUUUGCUAGAAGUGCUGAUAACCUGCCUGUCAUUUUUAAUGUCAAAUAUUACAAAAUACUGCUCAUCAGUAUUUUCAUACCAAAGACCAUUAAAAUAUAUAAUUUAGCCUGUAAGUAAAGAUGAGCAGAUUUAAAAUAAAUUUAUUUAGAAGCAGAUAGGGAAUCUAGCUUUAGUGGCAAAAAGAAAAUACCAAAAGGCUAAGUUUACAUAGUUAAAGGCAAUACAUUUAUAUUGGUUAUUUAUCAGUGUUUUUUAUUCAAGUACUUUAUAUCAACAAAUUAAAAAGAAAUUAAAAACCAAAGAUAUUUAAGGUUACCUCCGAAUAUAGGGAAAUUUAGCUGUACAUUGAACUGUUGUUUGUUGUUUUUAUGUUAAUGAGAUGUCUCUCCAGAACCUCUCCUCUGUGCCCAGAGCUCAUCCUGAGGAUUUUCAGUGAAAUCUGCUGGUUCAGCCACAGGGAUGUUUUUGCCUAAUGGUGCAAUAUACUUCCAUAGGACUCUGUGACUGUGACAGAUCGGCAGAUGUAACAUCAGGCUCUUCUGUUACUGGGUACUAUGGCAACCCCUAAAUCUGCCUGUAUAGUUGCAUCACCACAUAAAGUCAUUUCUCUGGCUAUUCAGACAGCUUGAGGAAGUCAAAUUAAAUGAGUCACUGUUUGGGUGGGCAGUGCUUUGAGUCAAAAGGUGGUUCCUAAAUUAUAAAGUUUUCAUUGUAUCAGAGAAGCUAGGCUUUAAUCUCAAAUGGAAACCUGGAUGAAGAAUGGCUUUUUUUCUUUUUCUUUUUUGUUUUUAACAGAAUCUAGAGAUUUCUAAAAGACAGAUUUAUCCAUUAAAUGGUUUUUUGAAAGGUACCAAGGGAAUUAAAUGCUGCUGACAUGUUACAGGCUUUCUUGCUGUUACCUCAAACACAAGCAACGCCAACAACUCGGCAGUGACUCGGGUCUGUAACAUGUCUAUGCUUUCUAGAGAGCUUCUGCAAAAAUAAAUAAAUAAAAAGGCUCAUGGCCGAUGACUCAGGAGCACUGUUCAAGUCCUUAGGAAGACACCAUUGAAAACAGUUUUUCAUGUCAUCCAAAACUGCCAUGGUAUCCUCCUUCAAUCAAUCACAGCAGUCAAAGGAAGGAUAGGCAGAUUACUGAGUCUCCAGCCUGCCUGCACUACGUAACACAUCGAGGGUUGGGGAGUGAGGGGUGUCAUUUUAGGAAAUGUUGCUGCACAUGGGUCAGUAACUGUUAUAAUUCAAAGUUCACUUUUGUACAUUUACAUACCAUCAAAUGUCCGUUUUGAAUACCAAAUGUGGAGAAAAAGUUUCAACUGUAUUGUAAAGAGCUGUUAACUUUUCUGAGGCAGAUUUUCUGCCUCAAAUCUUACUACAUGUGUCUCUGAUAAAAUUGCUUUGGUAGAAGUCAAAAAUCACCCGGGGGCUCUGUGAGCACAGAGCAGUGGGUUCUGGUGACUACCCUGAUCAGCCGUUCGUCUCAUUGUGAAUCUUAUUGGUGUUUAGAAGGCAACCGUAGGUUCUGUGCUGGGUUGUUUAUGCUCAGGAUGUAAGUUCACAGGCUAAUGCAAUGUGUGUGUUACAGGCUUUUUCCAGCAGGUAGAUACCAUAUUGAUUUUCUUGCAAUCUCCUCUAACAAACGAUCACUAAUUUAGUGUCUGUAAACAACACAACUAUAGGUCAGAACUCUUUCUGAGGCAGUUUUUGUUUUGUUUGUUUGUUUGCUUGCUUGCUUUGGCUUUGAAAUUCUGCUGUUCCUGAAAUUUACUGUGUAAACCAGGCUAGCUUUGAACCGGGUGGCAACCCUCCUUCCUCAUACUCCCGAGAUUAGUGUGCGCCACCACCACCACCGCUAUAAGAUAAAAUGAAGGUGCUGAUGAAGCUGCAUUUCUCCUGAGGGCUGAAAGAAGGAACCAUUCCCUUGCCUUCUUCAGCUUUUAAAGGCUGUAAACUCAUUUUUUCUUCAGAACCAGCAACAUAGCCCCUCUCCUCUUUUUCUGACCCCAAGAAAGAAAGGUUCUUCAAUUCUAAGUAUUCAUUUGGUUAGAUUAUUCUGGCCUUCAUCAUCCAGAUGAUAUGCUUAGAUGAACCAUGUCUGCCAAGUUUCUUUAGUCAUAUAUUGUAAGAUUCUCACAGGUUCUGAGGAUUUCUCUGUAGACUUCUAUGGGUGGUCCAUAUUUUUCCUACUACAGAUCCAUCAAUUCUGUGGAAUUCUUCUCAGUGGCAUGGUACUAGGUGUUCAAGAGGUUGCAGCAAAUCUGAUGUUCCCUUGCUCCUGGGAGACCUUUAAAAUUUCAAAGACUGGAAAAUAGAUCCUGUAGUUUGUUGAAAGCUCAUUAAAAAUCUUCUGUCUCUAAAACUCUUCAAAGAUAAUUCACCCUUAAGGAUUUUUGGAAAAAAGGCUUCAUUCACUUCCUAACUCCAGUCUUUUUUGAGGGGGUUGGGGAGUCAAGACAGGGUUUCUUUUUAUAGCCCUGACCAUCCUAGAACUCACGCUGUAGACCAGACUGACCUAAACUCAGAUCUGUCUGCCUCUGCCUCCCAAGUGCUGAGAUUUAAGGCAUGUGCCGCCACUGCCUGGCUCCUGUUUUUGUAGGGAAAAUCUCUUAAAUGUUUGCCUCCAACAGUGUUGGACUUCAUCAGAAAAUUCUGAAAAUUGUUUUUCUCCCUUCAGUGAUUGUUGCUGGAGAAGGGCUGAGGAAAGGGAUCCUGGAUAGAUGAACAAGACCGGGCAGAUUCAUCCUCUGCUUUCUUUCCAAAGCACACUGGCAUUUACAACUUACAGCCUGGUUUCUGCCUUCACUUAAACAGCAAUGGGUGUUCAACCCUCUGAUUGGGCAGCUCUGAGGCUUUCCAUUGUCCUUGCGUCUCCUCUUUCAGCUUGUGUAUCUCCUAGGAUACUCUUAACCUUCUUCACCUGCUUCAUCUUUUAGAUGUCUUUUUCCUGGACGUUUUAGACCCCAGAGGUCCAGUCUGUUCUGAUUUCUGGAUCAUCUCAAUACUGGCUUUCUUUCCAUUUUGAGGGAUGACUUCAAAUUCUACCCUAAUGUUCAGCAUUUUUUCAGUGGAAGGGAGAAAGCUGUUUCGGCUCACUGGAUGAGAUGCUGAAUACGAAAAAGCUAGCUGUCCUUGAACUCAGCCCCUGAGUGCUGAGAUUAAAGGUGUUAGUUACCCCCCACCCCGGCCUCAUCUUUCAUUUUUAACAAAGGAGCUCUUUCCUUGCAUCAGCCAGCUUCACUCCUUCGAUGAUCUGCCAAGUGCUACAGACUUCCUCAAGUUUCUGUCUCAGCCAUAUUUUAUGAUAGAGAAAUACACCUUUACCAAGAGUGUUAGUUACUUUUAUUAUUGGACACUUUAAAAAAAGAAAAAAGAAAGAAACUACUCUUCAUUGCCUGAGUCAUAGAGUUUCUUACUUGCUACAUUCUACGUUAUCUGUUUCAUUCCCAAACUUUAAACCCUUCCUGGUGGUAAGCCUGAACACAGACAUUGCCUUAGUCACCUGGUAGAGUGUAGGACAAGUAUUAAGAAAACCUGUCUGUCUGUUACUGUUGUUGGACAAAAGUUUAUGUCUGUGUAUGUAGGAAUUUUGUUUUCUGUUUCAAAGAUGUGAAUUUAAUGAAGUGUGGGAGCCAGUUAAGUUAUUUUAUGCAGUGGGUGUUCUGGGUCCUGCCACUCUCUGCUUCCUUGUAAGGGCAGCAUUUGCUGGCUUCCUGGUGGACUGUGGGGCUGAGCUACAUUCGAUUUCUAUUUCACUCAGGGGACCAGCUCUGCAGAUCCCACCGUAUGAGGAAAGUGAAUGUUUGCCUUGAUUUUUGAAUGUACUUUUUAAAAUGUCUUCUUAAAACAUGUUUUUUCUUUAUUGUUUAAUAAUGUGGGUUUGUUUUCUUUUCCUAGCAUGAUAGCAAAUAUUUCUUAGUAUCUCUACCCCACCCCGGGGUAGUUUAUAUUCUACCCUACAGGUCAUGCCAAAAAAAAAAAUGAAUAAAAGUUUAAAUGCCAAAAUGUUUAUGAAAACUGCUGUCUACAUACUGAUUGAUUGCACAGUUUAAAUAAAACUUUUCCUUAGUUAAAAAACAAA